UUUUCGUACUGCCAGGUACGUGUACAGCAGAUGGUUUAAGCAGCAAGGAAAUUCGGAAGGCUGUACGAAAAGCAAUCAAAGCUGGAGAUCAAACCCUUGAGAAUUAUAGAAAGGAGUUACGUGAAUUUAAGGAAAAAGGAAUUGAUACCAACGAAGAACCCUCUAAAAACAAGCAUGACAUGAUCAACAAACGCAAGAAAGAAGCCGAGAAGAUGGCCUUAAACGGCAUCAUCUCCAUAGAGGUGACCCGGACCCUGGUCCAACAAACUGGCAUGACACCAACGGAACUGGCUUCUCAUCCCGAACUUCGUGAAGAAAUCCAGUCACAAUUUUGUCCAAAUGAAACGCUAGAAAACUGUGACAAAGCAGAACGAAGUGCCUACAGAUCCACGGAUGGAAGUUGCAAUAAUAUAAAUCAUCCGGAGUGGGGGGCCGCCAUUACACCUCAGCCUCGAUAUCAACCUGCGCAAUAUGACGACGAAAUAACUUCCCCACGGAAAAACGGUAAAAAUGGACAGCCUCUUCCCAGCACAAGAUUGAUCAGUAACAAAUUAUUCCGGGCGGCAGGAGACUGCACGGAGACUGACUUUACCCAGACCCUGAUGGUGAUGGUGUGGGGACAGUUCAUUGAUCACGACAUAGUAUCCACUCCUGUGACGGAAGGGUUUGGUUCGCCGAUCAAGUGUUGUGGUGAAGAAGUACAAGACAGAGAGGAUUGUUUCCCAAUAGAAAUCCCCACGGAUGACCCGCACUUCACCGUCAGCUGUAUGGAGUUUGUGAGAUCCGCACCCGCUCCUCCGCUAGAUGGCUGUCAGCCAGGUCCGAGGGAACAGAUCAACCAGAUCACGUCUUUCAUUGAUGGAGGGGUCGUCUACGGUGACUCGCGGAGGGCGUGGCUAGAUCUCGCAGAUUCGGAGACAGGAAGUAUGCUGGUCUCGGACGGGGAUCUGUUACCAGCAGGGGGAUCCUGUCAAACCCAAGACGGCGACUUCUGCCAACAAGCAGGUGACCAUCGCGUGAAUGUCGUGCCGUCAUUAGGAGGGAACCACUUGAUGUUUUUACGUGAACACAACCGGAUAACAGAUGAACUGAGGAAAGUGAGACCUGACUGGGGGACAUGGCGGGUGUUCCAGGAAGCCAGAAAAAUCGUAGGCGCCCUACUACAGCAAGUUACCUACGGGGAAUACCUACUUACCGUUCUACGAGAGGAAGACCUUGUAAAAUUCAAUCUGAAAUUAAGAAAGAGGGGAUUUAGCUCUAGUUACAAUGCUAGUGUGAAUCCGGCCGCCAAAAACGUCUUCAACGCCGCCGCAUUUAGAUUUGGACAUUCGCAGAUUCCUCCCACAAUGGCGUACCUUCUUCAGGAUUACAUGACUCGGGUUCAAGUUGCUCCCAUCGAAUCCACCUUUCACGAUCCGCAUAUGUUGGUCACAAGUGGAGGUCAGCGGGUGUCGGAUUUGGCGCGGUUUGUAAUAACAUCAAACGGAAUGAAAGCAGACAGUCAGUUUGAGGGAGCAGUUCGUGAUCGAAUGUUUGCGGACACACAUGGUCAUGGUUUUGACCUUGGAGCAUUGAAUAUUCAGAGGGGUCGAGAUCAUGGACUUCCGGCGUAUAAUUCCUGGCGGACGUGGUGUGGACUUUCAGUGGCAACCUCUUUCAGUGAUUUGCAGGACAUUAGCGAAGAGAACAGACUCAAUUUAGCGGACGUGUAUAGUGAUGUUGACGACAUCGAUGUUUACGCGGGGGGAAUGGCGGAGACACCAAUGACAGGAGCUAGUGUCGGACCCCUGUUUUCAUGCAUCAUAGGGAACCAGUUUAGAGACUUAAAGGACGGCGACAGAUACUGGUAUGAGAACCAGGGAAAGGAGGGAUUCAGCAGAGCACAACUCCAAGAAAUACGAAAAGUCAAGUUGUCUAAAAUUCUGUGUGAGAAUCUUGGUGUGGAGACUGUACAACCGGAUGUGUUCCAUGUUCCAUCACCAAGAAAUAAUUGGAGACGUUGUGACCAGCUACCUGGAAUUGACUUUUCCGCAUGGAGAUCCAACUCAGGAAGUGUCUGAUGUAUCACUCUGUCCAAUUCGCAGCACAGAUUACGCUAGAGAAAUCGUUAGAAAUGAAAUUCUCUAAUAAAGCAAAGUGCAUUACUA